GGCAAUUUAGAGGCCCGAGUACGGGAAGAGAUUCUUUACGAGCUGUUCCUUCAGUGUAUUUCAUCCUCGGAGGACCUUAGGGAGCUUUGAGAGAAUUGGUAAACGCACUUGCCAGAGAGGGGCGUCUUCAGCUCCUCAUCUAGUUGGUUAAUGACUCAGAAUGAUGGAGCAAACUCCAGUGCCAGACAGGAGGCUUUAACGGGGGACGUCCAAACUGUUUCCCAUGAUUUAUGCCAAUCUGCAAAACAGACAGUUUCUUACAGGCUGGGCCACUAACUAAAGUGACUCUUUGCAAAGAUAGAGAUGGAAAGCCGAAGUCCUUUGGUUUUGUCUGCUUCAAGCAUCCUGAAUCUGUGUCUUAUGCCAUAGCUUUGCUGAAUGGAAUUCGUUUGUAUGGAAGACCAAUUAAUGUGCAAUAUCGGUUUGGUAGUUCUCGCUCUUCUGAACCAGCUAGCCAAAGUUUUGAGAGCUGUGUUAAGAUAAACUCACACAGCUUCAGGAACGAUGAAAUGCUGGGCAGAUCCUCGUUUCCCAUGCACUUUUUCCCAAUUGCGAAUGCUGCUGUACCUCAAGAAUAUUUUUUCUUUCAGAAAACGCACUGGCACACACACUGUCCAAUGUUGCAGCCUCCUUUCUAUGACAUGACAGCGUCACUCCCCAACAGUGCAUCUGGAGCUCACUCCUUAAGCCUUGAGGCUGGACCCAGCUCCUAUGAGUGGACUCCCCAGCAACCAAGUGAGCCUGACGUUUAUCAGAGGAACCCACGAAAGAGGGAGAGGCAAGCCAGCGACACAGACAGUAGCUCAGAAGACAAGAGAGGGAAUGAAGGGAGCCAAAAACACCAGAAAUGUAAAAGGAAGAAGAAAUACCAGUGAAACAUAUCUGCCCUGCUCUCAACUCUCUCUCUCUCUCUCUCUCUCUCUCUCUCUCUCUCUCUCUCUCUCUCUCAAAAAAAAAAAAAAUCUGUUGUACCGAAUGACCCAUUUCUUGGCCAUCUUGUCUUUUUUUAAACACAUGUGAAAAUAUGACUCUGUGAUUUGCUGUUCAGUUUUUGCCCUGAAUGAUAACAGCCUUUAAACAAUAAUAUAAUGUACUACUUUUGUAUUUGCCAGGUUAUUUUUGGCCCAUUGUCAAGAAGGGUACACUUUACAUCAUCUUAUUUUCAGAGUUGAGGAUGAAAUGCGUCCAAGUUCGAAAGCCGCUCACUGAACCCUUGGGGGUUAACCAACUGCGAUGCUCUCCCUAGAGUCUUGCCUAAGGCUUUCAACCACAAGUGGGCUGGCCUAAGAUGUAGGUUGCUGGGAGAGCUAAUGGGAAUCUUUUAAAACAACAUGGUCUAAUGAAUAUGUAGUCAGUUCCCUCUGAAACUGAUACUGUCCUUUUUAUGCCUAAAUGUGGUAACUGAGCAUCCCUAGCAGGGCUGAUUUCCCAUGACCAUGACUUGUAAUGCCAAAGGAAAGACAACUGCCGUAUGCCUAAAGGGAAUGCCACACGAUAUUCCCUCUUUUCAUGAUUUUAUUUGACAUAACUCUUUACAUCUCAUUUACAGUUUGUAGUGAAAAAAAGAAUCAGUUGAUGAUGUCAGUAUCCACUGUCCACCUCUGCCAUCAAGCGUGGAAAUACACUGCAAAUGUGUGAAUUGCCAUGGUGAGCAUGUGUAUAGAACAACAUUGUAUCAUCAUCUAUUUAGUGCCUAUAUUUCCAGGUCUAUAUUUUUAAUUCACUUAUUUUAGAAGAUAAAUGUAAAAUGUAUGGUGUAUGUCAAUUUUAUUCAGCAUUAACCAAAAUUAUGAGAAUCAUGUAUUUAUUAAAGCUAAUUGAAAGAA